CCCCCGUGCGCAGCCGAGCCGCGAAUUUGGUUUUUUCUCCUCGCCGGGAACGAAGGGAAGGAUUUCGGUGCGGCGGAUCUCGGCUGCGCAGAGAGAUGUUGUUUGGGAGCGAGGUGUCCCAGGAGAGCCUCCUGCUGCACGGCCCCUUCGCCCGCAAGCCCAAGCGCAUCCGCACGGCCUUUUCCCCGUCGCAGCUGCUGCGCCUGGAGAGAGCCUUCGAGAAGAACCACUACGUGGUGGGAGCCGAGCGCAAGCAGCUGGCCAGCAGCCUCAGCCUGUCCGAGACGCAGGUGAAAGUGUGGUUCCAGAACAGGAGGACGAAGUACAAACGGCAGAAGCUGGAGGAGGAGGGCCCCGACUCGGAGCAGAAGAAGAAAGGCUCGCACCACAUCAACCGAUGGCGCCUGGCCACCAAGCAGUCCAGCGGGGAAGACAUCGACGUCACCUCCAACGACUAAAGCGGGGACAGGCUCCCGCUGCGGCCACCAUGGCCAGGAGCCCCGGCCAGGCCGGGGGGACACAGGCGGUGGCA